AUGAGCUCUUCGAUGAAGAAGGCUACAAAGAUAAUUGCCAUGGCUACUGAAAAUCGAAAAACGGAGUUAAUAAGUGCAUACGAGGCUAUAUCCCAACGAGUAUCAACGACUAGUAAUUCGCGCAAUGUACGUCUUGUUGCUGUGUCAAAAUUAAAGCCCGCAUCGGACAUAUUGGCACUUUAUAAUCAUGGGGUACGUCAUUUUGGAGAAAACUACGUCCAGGAAUUAAUAGGAAAGGCUCAAGAGCUUCCAAAGGAUAUAAAGUGGCAUUUCAUUGGAGGACUACAGACAGGAAAGUGCAAGGACUUGGCAAAGGGCAUUGAUAACUUGUACGCCGUAGAGACCAUUGACUCAUUGAAAAAAUGCAAAAAGCUAGACACUGCCAGAUUAAAUGCUGAAAAGGACCCUCUCAAUGUGUAUUUACAAAUCAAUACCUCGGGGGAAGAACAGAAAUCAGGCUUUUCUCUUCUGGAUACAAAAGAUCUCAAAGACACUGUUCGCUUCUUAAUGAGCGAUGAAUGCAAAAAGCUCAAACUUCAAGGUUUGAUGACGAUCGGUUCUUUCGAGGCGUCCACUCUGGACGAGGAAAAUAAAGAUUUCAAGGCUCUUUCUACUGUAAAAACUGAGCUUGAUAAAGAGUUCAACUUGGACCUUGAGUUGAGUAUGGGUAUGAGUAAUGAUUUCGAACAAGCCAUCAAACAAGGCAGUACUAGUGUAAGGGUUGGUUCUUCAAUCUUUGGUGCCAGACCCCCCAAAUCUUCUAAUAACUAG